AUGAGUGAAUGCAUGAAAUACAAAAGACCAAAUAUAUUGUGCAUGGAAUAUGCAAUUGCUUCUCACAACAUUGAUUUUGUUACUUUCUUAAUGAAUGAGUACAAUAUGGAGAUUAAUUUAUUAAGAUGUGGUUUGUAUAAUAAUCUUGAAUCAUUUUUAGUUUAUUUCGAUCAAACUAACGAUAUCAACAAAUGUUUUGUUUAUUCAUCGUUAUUUGAUAUUCCAUUACUGUGUGAAUAUUUCCUUUCACAUGGUGCAAACGUUAAUGCAAAAGAUGGAGAAGGAAAAACCGCUCUUCAUUAUGCAGCCGAAGUUAAUAAGAAAAAUGCAGCUGAAUUUCUUAUUUCGCAUGGUGCAAAUGUCAAUGAAAAAGAUAAAUGUCAAUUUACGGCUCUUCAUUAUGCCGCAUUUAAUAAUAGUAUUCACACAGCGGAACUUCUCGUUCCAAAUGGCACAAAUAUUAAUGAAAAAGAUAUAUGUGGAAGCACCAUUCUUCAUUAUGCAGUAGCAAGAAAUAAUAAAGAAAUAGCCAAAUUUUUUAUUUCGCAUGGUGCAAAUAUUAAUGAAAAAGAUAACACUAAGAAGACCGCUCUUCAUUAUGCAGCAAAAAAUAAAUGCAAAGAAAUAGCCGAACAUCUCAUUUUGCAUGGUGCAAAUAUUAAUGAAAAAGAUAAUACUGGAAAAACCGCUCUUCAUUAUGCAGCGCUACAUAAUUGUAAAGAAAUAGUCGAACAUCUCAUUUCACACGGCGCAAAUAUUAAUGAAAAAGAUAAUACUGGAAAAACCACUCUUAAUUAUGCAGCAUGUAAUAAUUGGAAAGAAAUAACAGAAUUUCUCAUUUCUCAUGGCGCAAAUAUUAAUGGAAAAGUAAAUUGA